UUUUGUAAUUCUGUUUAGAAAUAAUAUAACUUUUGAAUACCCAUUAUAAAUCGAUUAUGGAUGCCUCAAUACCUGUAUACGAGAAGCCUCAUUCUCGCCUUAGUGUCCUAGAUUGGACUCGAAAUGUACAAAGGCUGCAAAACGACGCGAGAUUACGUCGCUUUGAAUCUUAUGAGCUACGUCAGAGGGCAAAUCAACUUCGAAAUGAGACUUCGGUGACUACUAGAUGGGACAAUUAUGUUAAUAACGAACUGUUAAGAGAUAGAACAUUCGAAGUAGAGUCAUGGCGAGAAAAUCAAAGAUUCACUCGGGAGCAGGUAAGAGAUGAGAGUAGAGCGCUACAAGAAGAGAAGAACGCGACUGAACUUCAACUGGAAUCACUCCAAGUACCACUUAUGGUGAGUUCUCAGUGUCUCACUAAUCGAGACCAGAGACUUCCACCUGAGUUGACCAGGGAUACAUUGGGAGAGGAGUUGAAUAAGGAAUUACACAUACUGGAAAACAGCAAACGCGUCCUAACAGACGUAUGCCAUAUGGGCUGGGAGAAAUUAAAAGAAUUAACUAAUGUCUUCUGUCGGUUAGAGCGAGAGAUACAGAACAAGGAUGACGCAUUGGGCAUAGAUCGCCACGUGAAAGAGCUGGACAGAUACAGUUCUGAUAUUUCUUUUAAGAUCGACCCUACAAGGGUACCACCUGAAUCCAUAACAGAAGAAAGCUACGUUCACUGCAUAGAGAAUACUAUAAAAAUCGCUGAGCAGCUGAUGAGAGAAUCUAAAUCAUUACGAGAGACUAUGUUUAGAAGUCGUGAACAGGUCAAAAACCAGUUGUAUGCGCAAUGUCAGGCAGUGGAGAUGGUGAUGAGGAGAAGGGUGUUUGAUAUACAGAGGGCCAGAAAUGAAAUGGAGUGGCAGAAACUGAAGUUAGAGCAAAAUCUCGCCAAGGUAGAGCGAGAAAUAGAAUCUCUACGAGCGGCCGUUGCUGACAAAAUAAAUCCAACUAAGUUGGUGGAAACCCGUCUGGUAACCAGAACACGACGACCUGUUUUGGAGAGAGUGCAGGAUAAGCCAACACGUGGUCUGAUAGAAGAGUACGAGAGAGUUCAUACAAGCACCAGUACGUUGGAGAAGAAACUAGAAGAUGCACUUUCCACAUACCAUGGCAUGCAUAUCCACUACCUAAGGGUAACCAAAGAUCUGCAGUACAAGAACCAGGCUCUAGAGACUGACAGGCGGCUGGUGGAGAUUCGGAAACCACUCCAUCGAUCUGAUGAUACCGAGUUUCAAAGGAAUAUUGGUUAUUGCCAUAUGAGUGAUGAAUUGGUAACAGACUAGCAAGAGUCUAUAUUUACACUAUUAUCACUAACGGCCACUCAGGUCGUCCAUUAUCUCUAAUUUACAAAAUAGAUUAUUUAUGAAAAACGAGUCGAGACGUGGAGUGAUUUCGACAUUUCAUAGUAAAAUCAAGUAACAUUGCCCUGAGUUUACAUUUUAUAUGCCUGCAUAUGUUCGAUACCUCUAGAUAUAUAAUUACGCACAACGGACCUAUUGAGAGUAUAAGUGCGGAAACUGAGUCCACAAACCAUAAUACUAGUCUGGACUAGAAGAUUUUUAAUUCAGUGGUGACU